CUAACAUGAAAUGAAGACCUUUUUUUUCCCCACGAUUUUUUACGAUUUCACCUUUGUGGCUGUGUUAUCUAGCGGAAACCCCACCAGAGUGGUUCUCCAUCCUGGCAUUUGCCUCCAUCCUGGUCUCUCCGAAGUGCCCGGACCAAAAACAGGAAUAUGAGCACGGGGGAAGACGAGGACUCUGUGACCCUGGAGUCUGUCAACUCUGUCACUCUCACCCAGGACAGCGACGGCAGCAUCAUACUACACUGUCCUCCACACGUGUCAGAGGGAGACGAGAGCUUCGAGGUGACAAUGACCGCCACCGACGACAGUGACAUUACGGAAGAGGGGGUGGCCCAGAUACAGAUCUUGCAGAGUGAGGAUCCUCAGAACAGUGAAGAGAUAUCUCCUGUCAGCCAGGCCUGGUUCACCACCAAGGAGGAUAAAGACACACUGGUUAACAAAGGUCAUAAGUGGAAACAAGGCAUGUGGUCUAAAGAGGAGAUCGACCUCCUGAUGAGCAACAUCCAACAAUAUGUGAAGGGUCGGGGAAUGGAGGACCCAGCUGAGAUCAUCUUUGAGAUGUCUAAGGAGGAGCGUAAGGAUUUCUACCGCAGCGUGGCCUGGGGUCUGAACCGACCGCUGUUCGCCGUCUACCGACGAGUCCUCCGCAUGUACGAUAACCGCAACCAUGUGGGCAAGUACUCUCCUGAGGAGAUCAACAAGCUGAAAGAGCUGAGACAGAAGCAUGGUAAUGACUGGGCCACCAUAGGAGCCGCUCUGGGCCGCAGCGCCUCGUCUGUUAAAGACCGCUGCCGACUAAUGAAGGACACCUGCAACACAGGGAAGUGGAGUGAGGAGGAGGAGAGGCGUCUAUCGGACAGUGUCUACGCCCUGGCGGGUGUGUGUCCGGGCCGUGCGGUGACGGGCGGGGUGUCGUGGGCGGCUGUAGCUGAUCUGGUGGGAACGCGGUCGGAGAAACAGUGUCGCUCUAAAUGGCUCAACUACCUCAACUGGAAACAGAGUGGAGGGACGGAGUGGACCAAAGACCAGGAUCUCAGCUUAGUACACAGGAUAGUGGAGUUGGAUGUGGAUGAUGAGAAUGAGUUAAAGUGGGAGGAGCUUGCGGGGGGGUGGAGCAGUGUUCGCUCUCCUCAGUGGCUCAGAUCUAAGUGGUGGAGCAUCAAGAGACAAGUAGCCAAUCACAAGGAACUGCCCUUCCACGUGUUACUGAAGGGUCUUCAGGAGUUGAUGGAGACUCAGGUGCCGUUAGGGGCGGGCACUGGGCCAGGUAGCCCUUCCCUGCAGAUCCGAGUCACGCGAUUGGAGGAGUGCUGUAGCUCCCCCUCCCGGCCCGUCACAGCACUGCAGAUCCCCCUGCAGAUCACACACCUGGCCUCAGACAGUGCUGGUGCCAGUGACACAGAGACCAUCACCCUCAACACUGCUGCUCUGCAGACCUUACAGAUCCUACCUUCUUUCCACCUGCACCCUACAGGGACUCCAGGGACAUACUUCCUUCAGACAGCAGCCAAUCAGAGCCUGCCGCUCAGCCUUUCCAGCAAUCCCACCGUCACACUGACGGCGAGCUCCUCCCCCUCGUCCCCAGAACACAUCAUCCUACACAGCCUCUCGACGGAGGGUCUUUGUUCCAAUGACAGCGUCAUCAUUCAGACGGUCACCUCUGACCACAGCUCUCCAGAGCCUCUUUGCCAAUCAGAGCUGGUUGUGGAGAUGCAGGGGGAGGAGCCAGAGCAGAACUUCCUGAUUGGUUCCUCACAAGGCGGCGCCACCGAGACUCUGGAGCCAAUGACAGACAGCUUUACUGCCAAGGUCCUGGACUCUCCCUCUCAGGAGCAGGCGGUGGAUUCUGGGAUAGCUAAGGGGGCGGUGCUUAUCAAGUUUCUCCUACAAAUGUCAGCAGCACACUGACAGAUCUGAUCCUGGAGAACCAAGA